CAGCAAAACGGCGACAGUCGGGCGUCCGAGACCAAUACCACGACCCCCGAGUCCGAGGCCGACAUGGCGAGCCACCGACCGCCAGCUGCGGCUCUCCACGGCCUGCACGCCGGCUAUCCCACAAGCUCCUCGUCGCCCAUCUAUCCUCCCCAGACCAGCCUCCCGACCACUCAGUACGCCUCAUAUUCCACAGUUACAGCUGCAGCUCAGCAGGGCGAUGCAUACCGCGUCAGUCCCGUGGGCACUCCGCAGAUGUCACUGCCCAGCAUGCGGACCAUCGACGCCAUGUCACAGCAAUCUGUCCCUCCAAUCCCGCACCAUUCCAUGUCCAUGGGCAUGAGCAUGCCCCUUACUGCCGUCUCGACCCCUCCUUACUUCACAAGUCAUUCAGCGCCUCUCCCUUCCAACUAUGGCUUCCCCCAAGACGCCUUGGCUCGGUAUCCUCUUCCCCACGAUCCCCGGUUAAUCAACCAUCGGGGCCCCAAGAAGGUAUCGACGAACCAAGACAGGCUGCUUAACCUGCCGCAAACGACGAAUCAAGGUGCGCAUAUGGACAUCCACUACUACCCUUUCAAGAAGCUUCACCACUACAAUUGCUUGUUCAUUCUAUUUUUCCUCCAAAUUAUUGUUUCAUUUCUGUUCUCCUUUUCCUCGAUUCUACUUUCGCCAUGUCUGAAGCGAAAUCUUGCCAUUGACAUCUAUCUGUCCUUGCAGUGCGACGAGACGCAUCCCACCUGCAACAACUGCAGGAAAUCGAAGCGCGAGUGCCUGGGCUACGAUCCCAUCUUCCGACAGCAGGGCGGAACCCCCACCAGCAACAGUGUGCAGCCCGCAUCGAACAGCCUCUCACAGCCCACCGAGCCGUCUGGAAUCGCUUCUGUGCAGUCCGGAUCGACGGUUGGCCCUCCUACACCGCGUCUGGUCAACUCGUACGGCAGCCAAUCACCGAUGCUACCGAGCGGCUAUGCGACAAGCUCAAACCCUGGCACCCCGUCGAUCCCACCAAGCACCUAUAAUCCUUCUCUCUCUGUGAAGCCUGAACUUGGCUACGGCUAUUCUUCGAAUAUUGAUCCUGCCGUACGCACCAUGUCUGCCAUGCCCACCAACCAGAUGUCGCUUUCGGGCCCCGAUAAUAGCUAUUUACGAGCCAAGAAGAUGAAGAUCGAUGAAAUUAUCGACUUGCUUGGCCCACCCGCACCCGUUCAGCAGAUUAGUCACACGGAAGAAACAUUUAAUGAAAUCACAAAGGUCUACCAUGAAAUGUAUGCCAGCGGGCUCAGUGCCUUUUUCGAAACGAGCUGGUACUACUUUACCGAGAAUGGCAAAAUGACAUUCCCCAAAGAUGCCAACCUCAUCGAGCACAUGGCAACUUUCCUCAAGAUCCUCGAGGCCGUCAAGGCCAAUGACCACACCCAGAUGGCUUAUUCGGGGGUGCUGGAAACCAGAAUUGUGUGGGAGUUGGCUUGUACGGCAUACCAAAUACCCGAUAGGGCAAUCAAUUCCAUGCGUCUUAACCUACCACCUGACAACGACCCCACGGAAGCCAGAAACCGCCUACAGGUAGUCGAGGCCUUGCUCUGCGGCGAUGAGCUGCUAAGCAACCCCCUCUCUCCUCCGGUGGCAGAUGGAGACCACCACCGCGUGCGCCAGUUCGACUUUUGGUAUAGCCUGGCCGAGUUUGUUCGCAGGAGAGAGAAUCCCAAUUCGCCUGCGACCGUCAAAAUUAGGGAAGAUGUUCUGAGCCGCAUGCGCCACCUCCUCGACGGCCGCGAGAAUCGCGACGUCCUCUACUCCAUAGCUGUCGUCCGCGAGCUCGCACCAAACUUUGAUUCUGGAUAUGCUGCUACAAUCCCGCAGCAUUUGGAUGAAUCGGACCCCAAGAAUAGGCUGGCCGUCGCAUCCAAAUUCAUUCUGGAUGAAUCCCAGGUCACUGGCGGAACAACAAACGUCGUGCGUCGGUUCAGCGAUAUUGCAUCUCGGGCUUUUGUCAACCCUGGAGUAAACAUUGCUCGAAGA